AUGACAGACACCUCGGCUGCAAAGAAAGCAUCUAUUGAACGAAAAACAAAAAUUUUACGUAUCACAAUUGCUCUUACUGCGCUUUCAUUUAUUAUUUUUUUAAUAACACUAACAUCAAGCUAUUGGAUAAUUAUUAGUUAUCCAUCGGAAUUUUUAUCUACAAGACAAAAUAUGUACGUGAGCCGAUCUAGAUAUGGUAUUAUUUGGGAAUGUAUAAUCGGUAGAUCAAAACUGAAUUCUACCUAUGAAACUAGAUGCUAUUAUCAUCAAAGUCAAGUUCAAAAUGCCUCCGUACCAGCCGAACAAACACUUGUCGGAAUGAUUCGUACAAUGCUUUCAUUUAGUAUUAUUUAUAUGUUGCUUGCAAUCAUAACAUUUAUUUGUGGUUUGUAUAGCAUUCGUGAUUAUCGAUAUACCUAUAAAAGAUUGACAGCCAUGAUUUAUAUCCUAACCGCUGCAUCGCUUGUUGUUUGCAUCGAGGUAUUAACUACAAUAUAUCGUCAUUCAAAUCAACAUUUACAUUAUGUUUAUCCCCCGGGUACAAAAUAUUCAUAUGGAGCUUGCUUCAUAUUUGCUUGGAUCAUUUUUAUCCAAUUGCUUGUAUCGUCCUGUAUCUUUUUUGCUUGUAGCAGAAAACGAAAAGGUACAUUCGAUGAAGCUACUGAAGAAGAAGCGCUAGCCAAUCAACCUGUGAAUCUUGGUCGAUAA